AUGAGCAAAACGACGUCUAGAACAUCUCACAGCAGGCCUGGAAAAGUAAAUUCAGAGCAAGUCUUUGAGGCCACUCGAGAUGAAGCCGAUAUCCGCAUAUCUUCAAUGAGAAUAAAAAUUGGUAGAACAAAGGAAAUAAAGAGGCGCAUUGAAAAUAUUUACAUGGCGUUAAAUGAGGCGGUCAUAGCGCUUACGGAUAAAGAAACUGCCGCUCAACAGAUGGAUAAUGAAGCAGCCGAAUUCUCUGAGAAGGCGACGAGCAGCUCAAGUGAUAUACGAUCGAAGUCAACAAGAGAGAAGAGCGAAGCAAAGGAAAAACAGAGAGUAGCAGAACGAAAAUUCGGCAAGUCACUGGAGCAAUUCAAGAAAGAAAAGAAAUCGUUUGUUUCAGAUGCGGAAAAGAACUUCCAGUUUGGCAAAAAUCCCUAUGACAGACCGAGAAAUCAACGUGAUGUCGCAAUGGACAAGGCAAUCAUUACAUGUUUGGAACACUGUCUUUACUUGUUGGAACACGAGCCAUCGGUAGAUCUUUGUCGAAGAGCGGCGGAAACAUUGAGACUCUACAUCGACGGACUGGCGGAACUUUGUACUGAAUAUGACAACAUCAAUGUUCCUAGGUUAGAAAGCAAGAAAGCAGGGUUAGAGAAGACCGUCAAAGGUAAAACUGGACGGAAAGAGUCGAAGAACGAAGUACAGUGUGAAGAUGAAACUCAACAGAUGGAGCAAAUAGCAGAGGAGGUUAAAAGUAAGAACGGGUCUCUGAGAUCCCAAGAGGACGGAUUAAACGCGCCACUAGAAAGCAUGGCAAGCUUGAGGGCUCAAGCCGAGUCAGACCAAUCGACGAGGAGGGAAAAGGGUGCAUAA